AUGUCUGACGAAAAAAUGUACAUUUCGUACAACAAUGUACACCAGUUAUGUCAAGAAUCAGCUGACAAGAUCAAACAAUUCAAACCAGAUUUAAUCAUUGCUAUCGGAGGCGGUGGUUUCAUCCCAGCUAGAAUGUUGCGUUCGUUCUUGAAGGAGCCAGGUCAACCAAAUGUUAGGAUUAUGGCAAUCAUCUUAUCCUUGUAUGAAGAGAUUGAAAACUCGGAUGGAGUGCAAGAAAAGCCAGGUACUAAAGUCAGCAGAACUCAAUGGAUCGAUUACAACCAGUCAAAAGUCAACUUGGUUGGGAAAAACGUUUUGAUCAUUGACGAAGUUGAUGACACAAGAACUACAUUGCACUAUGCUGUUUCAGAGUUGAAGAAGGAUGUCAAGGAGCAAGCUGAAGCUUUAAACGCUGACCCAAAUAGCACCAAUUUUGCCAUAUUUGUCUUGCACGAUAAAGAUAAGAAGAAAAAGGCAGACUUGCCAGAUGAAAUCAUGAAGACUGGUCAUUAUUUUGCUGCUAGAACUGUACCGGAUGCUUGGAUCGCUUACCCAUGGGAAGCGACUGACAUUGUAUUCCAUCAAAAGAAGGCAGAAGAGCAAGGUAAUGAUGUAUUUCUUCCUUCAACUACAAAAGAAUAG